AUGGCCUACAACCGGCUUCACGAGCCCGAGCAGGAGCCGCUUUCGCCUACGAUGAAUCCUCACCAGCCUGCGUCGCCGUCGCGGCCUUACCACGGCGGAUACCAGCUCGAAGACAACCCGUUUCACCAGCCGGUGCAGCAGCCCAUGACACAUCUAGAGAUGCCGUCGGCGGAUAGGCUGCAGUAUCAACCAACCUACUCUGUUGAAAAUAUACAAAACUCCUACGGCCACAACGAAGCCUACGAAGAGGAACAUCCGUACAGACCGCCUCCCAGACCGAUUGCAGGUUCGGGGGCCCUGGCUCUGUCUCCGGAGGCCCAUCAUGACGCCUACUAUACCCAACCCUACGAGCCUACGGUCACACCAGGAUCCGACUACGACAGGCCGCAUCAGAACUAUCCUCCCCGGCAGUACGAAGACCACGUCCCUAUACUGCACCAUGAACCCUCCUACACGCCGAGCAACUUCGAUCUCUCGCAUACUCCCCACCCGGUAGACACAGAUGGAUACACAGACGAUCCCAACAUGGCCUUGAACGUGGCUCCCACGCCCAGUCCGGCGCCCAUCAGACGGUGGAAGACCGUUCGAGAAGUCCAGCUGUUCAACGGCAACCUUGUCCUCGACUGCCCCAUUCCACCAAAGCUCCUCAGCCAGAUAAACCACGCUGAACCUCCAGAGAGAGACGAGUUCACUCAUAUGCGCUACUCGGCUGCUACUUGUGACCCGGCGGACUUUUACCAGGAACGGUUCACUUUGCGCCAGCGCCUGUUUGCCAAACCACGACACACCGAGCUGUUCAUUGUAGUCACCAUGUACAAUGAAGACGAAUUUCUCUUCGCCCGAACAAUGGCCGGUGUCUUCAAGAACAUCGAGUACAUGUGCUCACGCACCAGCAGCAAGACAUGGGGCAAGGAAGCCUGGAAGAAGAUUGUCGUCUGCAUCGUCUCAGACGGCCGUGGAAAGAUCAACCCACGCACGAGAGCUGUCCUUGCCGGUCUGGGUGUCUAUCAAGACGGCAUUGCCAAACAGCAGGUCAAUGGUAAAGAUGUCACCGCCCACAUAUACGAGUAUACCACCCAGAUAGGCAUGGAGGUUAAGGGAACCCAAGUCAUUCUCAAGCCUCGGCCAGGGAUGCCAGUGCAGCUCCUCUUCUGUCUCAAGGAGAAGAACCAGAAGAAGAUCAACUCCCACAGAUGGUUCUUCCAGGCCUUUGGCCGUGUCCUCGACCCCAACAUCUGUGUUCUCCUCGACGCCGGAACAAAACCAGGCAGACAGAGUAUAUACCAGCUCUGGCGUGCCUUUGACCUCGAACCCAUGUGCGGUGGCGCCUGCGGUGAGAUCAAGGUCAUGUUGUCCCAUGGCAAGAAACUGCUCAAUCCGCUCGUUGCCGGCCAGAACUUCGAGUACAAGAUGUCCAACAUCCUCGAUAAACCGCUUGAGUCUGCCUUUGGCUUCAUCUCCGUCCUUCCCGGUGCCUUCUCGGCAUACCGGUACGUUGCUCUACAGAAUGAUAAGAAUGGCCAGGGACCAUUGGAGAAGUACUUUGCCGGUGAGAAGAUGCAUGGCGCUAAUGCAGGCGUCUUUACUGCAAACAUGUACCUCGCCGAAGACCGAAUUCUGUGUUUCGAACUCGUCACCAAGCGUAACUGCCAGUGGAUUCUGCAGUACGUUAAGAGUGCGACUGGAGAGACCGAUGUGCCUGACCGUAUGCCCGAGUUCAUCCUGCAGCGAAGACGCUGGCUUAACGGUAGUUUCUUUGCGGCUGUAUAUGCGAUCCUGCACUUCUACCAGGUCGGCAGGAGUAAUCACUCCUUUGCCCGUAAACUCAUGCUCAUCAUCGAAUUCAUAUACCAGACUAUCAACCUCCUAUUCGCCUGGUUUGCAAUCGGUAAUUUCUUCCUGGUUUUCCGCAUUCUUACUGCUUCCCUGGGCACUGCAGACCUCCUAGGUAAAGCAGGCAGUAUUCUCGGUGUUAUCUUCGAAUGGCUGUAUCUUGCAACACUGGUGACAUGCUUUGUCCUUGCGCUGGGUAAUAGGCCGCAAGGAUCAAACAAGUUCUACAUGACCAUGGUCGGUUUCUGGUGCAUGAUUAUGAUAUACCUCACCUUCGCAGCCAUUUUCGUCACCGUCAAAUCUAUACAAAACGAAGUCCGUGACGGGAACUUCACCUUCGCUACCCUAUUCCAAAACCUGCAGUUCUUCUCCAUCUUCGUCUCCUUGCUGACCACCUAUGUCUUUUGGUUCUUGGCCUCCAUUCUCUUCUUCGAUCCAUGGCAUAUGUUCACUUGCUUCCUACAAUACCUCCUUCUCACGCCGACAUACAUCAAUGUCCUUAACAUCUAUGCCUUCUGCAAUACGCACGACAUCACAUGGGGAACUAAGGGUGACGACAAACCCGAAAAGCUGCCCUCAGCCCACCUCAAGCCAGGUGGCAAGGUCGAUGUUGAAAUCCCCCAGGAUGACGGCGAUCUUAACGCCCAGUAUGAAGCUGAGCUCGCAAAGUUUGCCAACAAGCCACCCAAGGAGACGCGCGUUGUCUCUGAAUCCGAGAAGCAAGAAGAUUACUACAAGGGCUUCAGAAGUGCGGUCGUCCUUGCUUGGAUCUUCUGUAACUUUGCCCUUGGUGCCGUCGUACUGAGCGCUGCCGGCCUGGAGAGAGUCGAUUCCAGCAGCCAAGAUACUUCCCAGAAGAGGAGCAUCAUCUACAUGGCUGUUGUUCUAUGGAGUGUUGCCGGUCUGUCCUUGUUCAGGUUCAUCGGUGCAAUGUGGUUUUUGGUCGUUAGAAUGUUCCGUGGUGUUUAA